AUGUCCAACUUCGACCAAGCUGACGCAGGUUUUUCCGCACUCAAUGAGCCCCUCGGUAUUCAGUUCGAAAAGCGGCAUCGUGAUGCGGAUUUUGACUUGAGGGAUUUGAUCAAUUAUCGUCCACAUGAUGCCCCUCAUAAUGAUAAUUCAGAAAGCAGAGCCUUGAUAAACAACGAAUCCUCAGAUCCUGCCAGGGCGGCGUUCGAGGUAGCACGGGAUCUUCUACGUCUCGAAUUUAGAUCAAUGAGGAGCUUGCUUCAUCAAAUACAGUACUCUGAAUGGCCUUACAGACGAUUCCCGUAUGUCCCUUACUGCUUACUCUUCAUGUGCGGGUUCGCUUGGGCACAAGCUCUAAUAGCAGACAGCAAUGAAGAGACCGGCAUGGUGAAAAACGAUAUACACAACUUGCGUUCAUUCCGGCAGGUCAACGGGAUAUCCAAGAUUGUUUGGCGCUCGACUAUAAAUGCAGCAUUGUAUUCGAAGCAUAAUGAGCUUCGUCUUGCUUUACUCGCUGGCCUCGGUAUAUCUAGUGUGUGGUCUAUCUAUCGGGCGUGGAGGUUGGGAACUAUCAUGUGGUGCAGAUAUUCUUUAGAGGCUUUGAUCAAGAAGUUUGAGGUCGGCCAGUUGGAUGAGCGGGAUAAGGGAGCAUUGAAGGGUCUCAAGUGGACGAUGUUGUGGUGGAUCAACAUCAUGCUUUGA